AUGGUGGUCCACGCUGACCUGAAGCCUCUGAAGUGUGAGAUCUGUGAACGAUGUUUCUCGCUGAAAUCCAACCUGAAGGGCCACAUGGUGGUCCACGCUGACCUGAAGCCUCUGAAGUGUGAGAUCUGUGAACGAUGUUUCUCACUGAAAUCCAACCUUAAGGGCCACAUGGUGGUCCACGCUGACCUGAAGCCUCUGAAGUGUGAGAUCUGUGAACGAUGUUUCUCACUGAAAUCCAACCUGAAGGGCCACAUGGUGGUCCACGCUGACCUGAAGCCUCUGAAGUGUGAGAUCUGUGAACGAUGUUUCUCACUGAAAUCCAACCUGAAGGGCCACAUGGUGGUCCACGCUGACCCGAAGCCUCUGAAGUGUGAGAUCUGUGAACGAUGUUUCUCACUGAAAUCCAACCUGAAGGGCCACGUGGUGGUCCACGCUGACCCGAAGCCUCUGAAGUGUGAGAUCUGUGAACGAUGUUUCUCACUGAAAUCCAACCUGAAGGGCCACGUGGUGGUCCACGCUGACCCGAAGCCUCUGAAGUGUGAGAUCUGUGAACGAUGUUUCUCACUGAAAUCCAACCUGAAGGGUCACGUGGUGGUCCACGCUGACCCGAAGCCUCUGAAGUGUGAGAUCUGUGAACGAUGUUUCUCACUGAAAUCCAACCUGAAGGGCCACAUGGUGGUCCACGCUGACCUGAAGCCUCUGAGGUGUGAGAUCUGUGAACGAUGUUUCUCACUGAAAUCCAACCUGAAGGGUCACAUGGUGGUCCACGCUGACCUGAAGCCUCUGAAGUGUGAGAUCUGUGAACGAUGUUUCUCACUGAAAUCCAACCUGAAGGGUCACAUGGUGGUCCACGCUGACCUGAAGCCUCUGAAGUGUGAGAUCUGUGAACGAUGUUUCUCACUGAAAUCCAACCUGAAGGGCCACAUGGUGGUCCACGCUGACCCGAAGCCUCUCAAGUGUGAGAUCUGUGAACGAUGUUUCUCACUGAAAUCCAACCUGAAGGGCCACAUGGUGGUCCACGCUGACCCGAAGCCUCUGAAGUGUGAGAUCUGUGAACGAUGUUUCUCACUGAAAUCCAACCUGAAGGGCCACGUGGUGGUCCACGCUGACCCGAAGCCUCUGAAGUGUGAGAUCUGUGAACGAUGUUUCUCACUGAAAUCCAACCUGAAGGGCCACGUGGUGGUCCACGCUGACCCGAAGCCUCUGAAGUGUGAGAUCUGUGAACGAUGUUUCUCACUUAGAUCCAACCUGAAGGGUCAGGUGGUGGUCCACGCUGACCUGAAGCCUCUGAAGUGUGAGAUCUGUGAACGAUGUUUCUCACUGAAAUCCAACCAUGAAGGGCCACAUGGUGGUCCACGCUGA